AUGAUUAGGUCCAACUUUUGCAUAUUAGUGAUACUAUUGGCCACCUUUCUGGCAUUUCCAUCGGUUCAUGGGGAAUCGAAAAGUCAUCCCAUAACGACGCAACUGUCGGCCAAAUGGGGAAUCACACCGGCGCAGCUGGAAAUUGCCGAAUUUAUCGAUGAGGAAAGCAGCAACUCGUUCUGGGACUUUGUGGAGCUGUUAAACAACGUUCCGGGUGGUCUAUAUCGUUUAGAAACGGAAGAAAAACGGUAUCAAAAAUCCAUCGAACUAGCCUCGGAGAUCCUUGGCGAAGGACAGAUAAGCCUCCUUAAGCUCGCCCUAUCGCUGCACAGCUUCUCUCCAAAGGUUCAAGCCCACCUCCAGGUGGCCAAUGAAGUGCUAGCGAAGGGUGACUGUGAGACGACGAUAUUUGCCAGCGUUAACGGAAAGGUUGCGUGUGAAGUGGCCGAUCUUCGUAGCAUCCUGCAGGCAGGUGGUCGGGAUUCGUCCACGGUGGAAACGUUCGCCAUCGAUCAUAUUUACCCCGGAUCGGAAAACAACUCGUUGACCGUGGUCCUAUACGGUGAGAUUGGCACCCGGGAGUUCAAAGAAUUUCACGAUGCGAUUCGCCUGGCAACGGAUCGUGGUACCGUGCGGUACGUGCUGCGUCACUACGUGCGUAAGGUGUCUUCGCGUAAGGUGCGCCUUUCCGGGUACGGCGUGGAACUGCAUCUCAAGUCGACCGAGUACAAGAGCCAGGAUGAUUCGCCCCGAGCACAGGAUCCAGCCGCCGCUAGCGGAGAUGAUGCGGCCGGGGAGGAUGAGUUGGAAGUGGAAGGGUUCGAUUUUGCUCAACUGAAGAAACGUUUCCCUCACCUGACCCACUCGCUGGAUCGGUUUAGAAAUUCGCUCCUGGAAAAGCACGAAGAAAUCGCUCCGCUGAAGGCGUGGGAGUUCCAAGAGCUUGGCCUACAGGCGGCGCAGCGGAUUGCCGAGAUGCAGGGUGACGAAGCGCUCCAGAUGCUCCAGUUCACCGCGCAGAAUUUCCCGACACAGGCAAAGUCGCUGCUGUCACAAACGGUUUCGGAAGACUUUAAAAAAGAAAUGCGUCACAACAUCGAAGUAUUUGGACGGAACUUGAACCUCCAGCCGCCUGAUUCUGCCCUGUUUCUCAACGGAUUGUUUUUCGAUGCGGAAACGAUCGACACGAUCACCCUGCUCGACACGCUCCGCUCGGAGAUGCGUGUGCUAGAGGGACUGAACCGGAUCGACAUCCGUGGACGUAGUGCGACACCCCUGCUCGGGUUAGAUCUGUCCUCCAGCUCGAAGGAGUUUGCCAUCGACAUCCGCGACUCGGCGAUUACCUGGAUCAAUGAUCUGGAAAACGACGCCCAGUACCGUCGGUGGCCCGGAAGCUUAAAGGAUCUGCUCCGGCCCACCUUCCCCGGAAUGCUUCGUAACAUUCGUAAAAAUCUCUUCAAUCUGGUGCUCAUUGUCGACCCCAUCGCGGAGGACGGAGCGGGUCGUGAUAUCGUGAAGCUGGCGGAAAGUUUCGUCGUCCAUAUGGCCCCGGUACGCAUCGGACUGGUGUUCAAGUCGGGCGAGGGUGAAGACUAUCGGGCCCUCACGUGUGCAUUUAACUAUGUGCAGCAGAAAAAAUCGGCCACCGAAGCGCUCGGCUUCCUGACCGACCUGUUCGCGGCCACCGUCGACCUAAACGUCAUCCGGUACGCGGACGUGCGGGCUGUGCUGCGGAAAAAGUUCAACCGUCUAAAGCUGGAAGAAGUGGAUGAGAUUCUGGGCGAAGAUUCCGAUUUCGAUUACGGCCGCCAACUGGCGCAGGAGUUUAUCGAUCGGCUCGGGCUGAAAACGGUCCCGCAAGCACUGCUCAACGGGGUGCUUUUGCCCCAGUCCACCCUUAACAGCGAGGAGUUUGAGGAGACGAUUCUCACGGAAAUUAUGCAGCAAACACCGUCCCUCCAGAAGGCUGUUUACAUGGGUGACAUGCACGACGGGGAACCGGUCAUCGACUAUCUGAUGAAACAACCGCACGUAAUGCCUCGGUUGAAUCAGCGCAUCCUUUCCCAGGAUGAGCCACAGUUUCUGGAUAUGUCCGGGCGGGCGCACCCCGAUUUGGAGGAUAUUACCGCACUGGGACAGCUUUCGAAUGCCGAUCUAACGGCGACACUGAUGAAGAACCUGAAGUACUUCGGUGGCAAGUCUACGUACGAAAAGUUUCUCGGAUAUCGGGUGCACUUCCUCACCGUUUGGGUGGUGGGAGAUUUGCAAGAAGAAGCGACCCGCAAGCAGCUAAAGAACGCACUCAAAUUUAUGAAAUCAUCCUCCGGAACGCGAGUGGCUUUCAUUCCAAACGUGGACGGCAAAGAUGCGGCCCGUUCCGAGCUGAAAAAGGACCUCAACGCAUUAGUUUGGGCGAGUAUCAACACGCUGGAGGUGGACGAAACGUACGAUCUGGUAAUGAAGCUGCUCGAUCGCUACACCGACUCUGGGUCGUCCGAUUUUCCGGGCACCUUGGUACCCGAUUCGGUUCUCGGAUUCCUGCCCGCCACCCAAAUGCACCUGAAAAUGCUGCGCGUCUACUGCCAACGGGUGCUCAAGCUGAAGGCAUCGACCAGCACGGUCAUGGCCAAUGGGCGCCUUCUCGGUGCGUUCGAGGCCGGUGAGUUCUUCGACGAGGAAGACUUCGGUUUGCUCGAGAGCUUCAACGGAUUGCAGUACACGGACAAAAUCCGCGCUGCCAUGAAACAGGCGACGGCAGCCGAUUCCGAUUCCGAGGUGCCGCCAAUGACGAGCGAUACGAUCAUGCGCCUGGUAUCGAUUCUGGUGCCGCGCCAGCAGUCCAAGUCACGGUACACGAUUCCGUCCGAUGUGCAGGAAAGCCGCACGGUGGUGAAGCUACCGGCGAAGCGGUCCGAUCAGCCGUUCUUUGAGGUUGUGGCCGUACUGGAUCCGGCUUCGAGGGGAGCCCAGAAGCUGUCCUCGCUGUUGCUGCUGUUGCGCGACGUCGUCAAUUGUCAAAUGAAGAUCUACCUCUGUGCGAUCGAUAAGCACAGCGAUAUGCCGGUCAAAACAUUUUAUCGUUUUGUGGUGGAGCCUGAGCUACACUUUACCAGCGAUGGCCGUCUAUCGCCUGGUCCUUCAGCAAAGUUCGUUGGAUUACCAGCCAAUCCACUGCUGACGCAAAGUCUUAAUGUGCCCGAAAACUGGCUGGUCGAAGUGGUCCGCUCCGUGUACGAUUUGGACAAUGUAAAACUUUCGGAAAUCAAUGGCCCCGUCCACUCGGAGUACGAGCUGGAGUACCUACUGCUGGAGGGCCACUGCUUCGAUAGUGCAACGGGUUCACCGCCGCGCGGCCUUCAGAUAACGCUCGGCACCGAAGAUCGUCCGAUCAUCGUCGACACGAUCGUGAUGGCAAACUUGGGUUACUUCCAGCUGAAAGCAAACCCCGGUGCGUGGAUCCUCAAGCUGCGUCACGGCAAGAGUGCGGAUAUUUACGACAUCACCAGCGCGGAUGGGCCGAACACGGUGCACGCGGGGGAGAGUACGCGCGUUAUCAUCAGCUCGUUGCGUUCGCACGUUCUGAAGCUGCGCGUCACGAAGAAACCGGGCAUGGCCGGGGUCGAUCUGCUGGGCGACGAAAAGGAUGGUGCUGGUGGCGGAGGCGUUGGUGGUGGCAUUUGGGACUCGAUCAGUUCGAUCGUGGGAACGGGCGAUGGCGGAACGGGCGGAGCGGGCGAAACGGAGGUGCUGAAUAUUUUCUCCGUCGCGUCGGGCCACCUGUACGAGCGGUUGCUGCGUAUCAUGAUGCUGUCGUUGUUGAAGCACACGCACACGCCGGUCAAAUUUUGGUUCCUGAAAAACUACCUCUCGCCGCAGUUUAUCGAUUUCCUACCGCAUAUGGCCGAAGAGUACGGGUUCCAGUACGAGCUGGUGCAGUACAAGUGGCCCCGCUGGUUGCACCAGCAGACGGAGAAGCAGCGCAUCAUCUGGGGUUACAAGAUCCUGUUCCUGGACGUGCUUUUCCCGCUCGACGUGAAGAAGAUCAUCUUUGUGGACGCCGAUCAGAUCGUGCGGGCCGAUAUGAAGGAGUUGAACGAUUUCGACCUCGGUGGCGCACCGUACGGCUACACGCCGUUCUGUGACUCGCGCCAGGAGAUGGAGGGCUUCCGGUUCUGGAAGCAGGGCUACUGGAAGAACCAUCUGCAGGGCCGCCGGUACCACAUCUCGGCGCUGUAUGUGGUCGAUCUGAAGCGAUUCCGUAAGAUCGCUGCAGGAGACCGCAUCCGCGGGCAGUACCAGGCACUCAGCCAGGAUCCGAACAGUCUGUCCAAUCUCGAUCAGGAUCUGCCGAACAAUAUGAUCCACCAGGUGGCCAUCAAGUCGUUGCCGCAGGAGUGGCUUUGGUGCGAGACGUGGUGCAGCAGCGAGACGCUCCAGUACGCCAAGACGAUCGAUCUGUGCAACAAUCCGCUAACGAAGGAGGCGAAAUUGACCGCGGCCCAGCGCAUCGUGCCGGAGUGGAAGGACUACGAUGCGGAAAUCAAAAGGCUGCAGGCGAAGGUAGACGAUAAGGAGCACGAGGAGCAGACGGCAGCUGCAGCCGCCGCGGCGGCAGGAGAACGCAUCACGAAGGCAGACGAUGGUUCGAAUGUACAUUCCGAAGAUGACGGAUCUGAUCCAGAGACGCGACACACUGAACUGUGAUCGCUUGGUAAUUGGUGCUGCGAUCGAUAGGAAUCGGUUGCUAAUGUAAGAGGGGCCGGAUGUGAAAGAUAGAAAAAUUGAAGGGCGAAUUGCCAUAAAUUGUGCGGAAUAAAAGAACAAAACUUUAA